AAAACAGAUCGAUACCUAAAUACAAUGAAAUCCGCGUUUAUAUUAAUAAAAUUUAAGCGAUAGAUCUAGCUAUAAUGUGUUACACAUGCCCCUCGUCUUAGCCUCCCUUGGCUGGUGGCCUAUCAUAGGUUGUAUAAUGGUCAACUGGAGCGUGUCGAGGGUAUACGGGCUGCUUUCCUAUAUCGGCCAAGUGGAAGUCGUAUGGGGAGCCCAUGAUACGUAUCCAACCUAUAGCGGAUCGAUUAUAUUUGCUAUAUUUCUCUGUGCCGCACACGGUAUGAUUCCCCGUAUUAGCGUUUCAAGCUUGUGAUCUUUCUAGGAAAGAUGCACAGCUAUAGCUCUGGAAAGUACGGGAUGAUAGCGGCGAAUACCUAGCUAAGCUUCGAUACAUAUGCAGCCACAAAGUCCUCACCACGGCAUGUGAAAGUAUAGGUUAAUUGCCUUCUAAUCCCUGGCUGCAGACAGCUGCUAAUUACCAGGUAGAGAGAUAAAGUUCGGUGUGUUCGAGUUUGGAACAACUGCACAAAUAAAAUACGACAUUAUAUCCCUUCUA